GCUGAAAGAUGGCGAGAUGAUCUUUGAGCGCGGCUGUGCUAAGCUUUUCCGUAAUUGAAGCAAGAACCAGCAAGCCCAAACUGCGAUUACAAACUUCUGUGGGGGAAAACAUGGCGGGAGCAGCUGAACCACAAAAACGCCAGAGCGGGAGACCGUUCCCACCAUCGGCGAGAGGUCCGCCUCCUCCUCCUCGCCCUCGCUUUGAACCUGUUGAUCGUGAAAAGACUUGUCCUCUAUUGCUUCGCGUUUUCACUAAGAUUGGUGGUCAUCAUUCUAAAGAAGAUUUUGCAGUGAGAGGCAAGGAACCCAAGGAUGAGGUUCAGAUUUAUACAUGGAAGGAUGCUACGCUUCGUGAGUUGACUGAUCUGGUGAAAGAGGUAGCUCCAGCAGCAAGGAGAAGAGAUGCAAGGCUGUCGUUUGCAUUUGUAUAUCCUGACAAGAAUGGACGUUUUGUGGUGAGAGAGGUGGGAAAGACCUUUUCUUACGGUAAUGUGAGGCGAUUAGAUGACAGCAAAACCUUGGGUGAACUUAGCUUUGAGAUUGGAGAUUACUUGGAUGUGGCUAUUAUGUCAUCGGAGCUUUCUUCUGUCCGAUAAGUGACUUGGAUCGGGAGGUGCUGCAAUGCAUUUCCCACGAGUUUAUCCUACUAUGUAAGGAAAUCAUCAAGAAGAUGCAAGUAUUGUGUGAUUGAACUUUGUAGAAUGUUUGAAAGGUAGUGAUCCUUGUAGGGAACCUUCAAUGGUCCUUGACUUGUUAAUCCUUUGUAAGAUGGAUCUAGUAAUGUAGCUUGAGAUUUUUGGGUAGCAUUUUUAACCGUAUGGAAACUUCAGUGCAACUUAACGGUGGCCUUCCGAGAUUUGUUUAAAA